GUUUUCUUACAGAAAAAUGCAUGUUUCUUUUAAUUGGAUACAUCUUUUCUUUGCAACGCUYUCACGCCCAUUUUCAACAGUGUUGAUAAUUUAACACUAGUGGUAGAUAAACGUGUGUGGUUCAUUGAUAGCAAACUUGGCGAACUAGCUUUCAGCUAGCAGGGAAGCUAACAAGCUGUCUGAUUAAGCUAAAUUAACAGGGGUUUAUCAGAAAGAUAGUCGCCACCAUUUACCUGGUUCACUACAGCAGAUUCGGACAAUAAGCGCUGUGCUCUUCACCAUUUCUCAGUUUAUACAAAAGGCUCAAACUUAACUAGAAAAAAAAUGGAGGCUCCUCCUGUCACUGUGAUGCCUGUCACCGGAGGCACAAUCAAUAUGAUGGAGUAUCUAUUACAAGGCAGUGUGUUAGAUAUGGCCCUGGAAAGCUUGUUGCAUCGUCUUCGUGGUUUGUGUGACAACAUGGAACCUGAGACGUUCACAGACCAUGAACUGGUGUAUCUUCUGAAAGGCCAGCAAGGAAGCCCUUUCGUUCUGCGCGCUCGCCGCUCCCUCUCCCACCAAAACGCUCCGUGGCACCUACGCUACCUUGGCCAACCCGAAGUAGGAGACAAGAGUCGGCAUGCCCUCGUACGCAACUGUGUCGACGUGUCGGCUUCUCACAGCCUUCCCGAGUUCCUCAACGAGAUGGGUUUCCGCAUGGACCACGAGUUUGUGACCAGUGGCCACAUAUUCCGCAAAGGUGCUAUGAAGGUUGUGGUGUGCAARGUGUCCCGUGUCCAGGUGCCAGGGAACACCGAGAGCACGGAGCGAAUGUCAAAUUCACAUUUAGUUGAGCUGAGCGUGUUGGCUCCGGCUGGUCAGGACACUGUGUCGGAAGACAUGCGGAGCUUCGCUGAGCAACUCAAACCUCUGAUUCACCUGGAGAAGAUCGACCCGAGCAAGCAGAGACAUUAAAAMUUCAUUUAGUUGUGGUAUUUCCUAGCUACGGUUUGUAUUUUUGUUUUUGGUGUGUUUUGUAGUAAAUAAAAUACAGCUCUACUUUGACCUAAAAAAUA